AUGCUCUCCUACCAGAGGCGCACCAAAAGAAAUAUGAGGUUUGGAAGUCUUUCUUUUGGUGUUUGCAUUUACCUUCGUGGCUAUUGCUUCUUCGUACUUCCUUGGUUUAGGGUCGAGGGAACGCAUGGUGCUGGAGAAGGAGGUGUUGGGAAUGGCGUACGUGCGGUCUUUGGGCAUCAUCCUACCUUUGUUUAUGUUCUGGAUCCCAUACUUGCAGUUCUUCAUGACCUGGGCACAAUGGCCUGUGGAGCCCUAGGUAGUUCUUGGCCUUUGCCGGCAGCACCCAUUGUCCCUGACAACAACAACUCCACAGACCCAUCACCUCAAACCGGCAAGUCGAAUGAGGAUUUGGUGACGUACAUCACUCAACUUGAUUAG